AUGAGUUCUGAUAUUGAAAGCUUCUUAUGUAAUUAUUUGCAAACGACCCAUUUCUUUAUACAACUCGACGAGUCAACUUUACCUGAUAAUGCAGCAUUAUUAUUGGCAUAUGUUCGUUUUAUUAUGAAUCAAGAAAUCUACGAAGAACUGCUUUUCGCAAGAACUUUGAUAACCGACACUAAAGGUGAAUCAAUAUUUCAUGUUUUGAAGGAUUACUUCAUUGAAAAAGCAAUUCCUUUAUCGAAUAUAAUAUCAGUAGCUACAGAUGGAGCACCCGCCAUGGUUGGACGGGUGUUAGCAAUACAUUGCGUCAUCCAUCGACAACAUUUAGUUGCUAGAAAUUUGAGUGUUAGAUUGCAUGAAUCACUUCAUUUAGUCAUUGAUGCAGUAAACCGAAUCCGAAGCAACGCGUUGAAUACGCGGUUAUUUGCGCAGUUGUGUGAAGAAAAUGACGAACACAUUCAUCAAUUACUCCUUCACACUGAAGUACGCUGGCUGUCAAAAGGCUUAUGUUUGACAAGAUGUUUUGCACUUUUUGAGACUAUUUUAGAAUUUCUGGAUACUAAAGAUAAAAUUUAA